UGGGUGUUCUUUUUGGAUGAAACUAUCUAUAUAUGAAUAUUAUUCUAAAACAAACAAAAAAAAACGUAAAAAGUUGAGACUCCCUUUUAUUAAGCGGCAGGGUUUGUUGACCACACUCUCAUCAUCUAUCUCUUUCUUAUCUUCACUGUUUUAUCUUUUCUUUCGGAUUAAAUUAAAUAAUUUUUUCCUCCAUAAUUUAUACUCUUAACUCUCAUGAAUUAUUGGUCUCUCUAUUAUAGUUUUUUAAGUAACAAUCUAAUUGUAGUACGGAUGUCUCUUGAGAUGUUCAAGAAUUAAGAAAUAAAGAAAGAGGGAUCGGAGAAUGAAUUUUGAGGAUCAAGAAGAAGAUAUGGAGAUGUCAGGUGUUAAUCCCCCCUGCGGUUACGACUCUCUAAGCGGUGAGGGAGCCACAUCUAGUGGUGGUGGAGGAGUAGGAAGGAGUAAAGGAGUUGGAGCGAAGAUAAGGUAUAGAGAGUGCUUGAAGAACCAUGCUGUUAACAUAGGUGGCCACGCCGUGGACGGUUGUUGCGAGUUUAUGCCUUCCGGUGAAGAUGGAACGCUCGACGCUCUUAAGUGUGCAGCUUGCGGCUGCCACCGCAACUUCCACCGCAAGGAAACCGAAAGCAUCGGCGGUAGAGCCCACAGAGUUCCCACGUACUACAACCGCCCGCCGCAGCCGCAUCAGCCGCCUGGAUAUCUUCAUCUAACAUCUCCCGCGGCGCCUUACAGGCCACCCGCGGCAUCGGGGGACGAGGAGGAUACAUCAAAUCCUAGCAGCAGCGGCGGGACCACGAAGAGGUUUAGAACGAAGUUCACGGCGGAACAGAAAGAGAAGAUGUUAGCCUUUGCGGAGAGGUUGGGGUGGAGAAUUCAGAAGCAUGAUGACGUGGCGGUUGAGCAGUUCUGUGCGGAGACUGGUGUUAGGAGACAAGUGCUUAAAAUCUGGAUGCAUAACAACAAGAACUCUCUUGGUAAGAAACCCUAAUUUUGCUCGAGACAUGAUUUAAAACACUAGAGGAUCAUAAUUGUUUCUUUUUUUGGUAUGACUCUUCUGUAACUACUUCUGCUUAUUAGUUAUGUUAUUUUUUCCUGGACAUACAGUUUCUUCUUCUAGUUAAUAAUCGUAUCUGGUCGUUUCGGACAGUUUAGGAGACAUUGUGAUUAAUCUUUAUUAACUUUGGUUCGACUAGUUAAUUCCAUAAAUUUACUGAGGAUGCAAUUGAAUGAUGAACCAAACUAUCCAAAUUUAAAGUACAGUGAUUAAACCAACAUUGGUAAACAAUA